AUGUCAUCAGUGGGACAAUUAGUCCCACAGGUGACUCGAGCCCCUCCCAACAUGACAAUCAAAUUCAAUGGACCCCACAUUGAGGGGUCUUUUUGCACAUCAAUUGAUUAUAAUUACGAUCCUAUCAUCAGUGUCAUCUGUGCAAUGUACAUUAUUUUUGGCAUUGUGUAUACAUUGUUUGGAUACAGAUGCUUUAAAGCCAGCAUGUUCUUGACUGGUUUCACUUUUGGUUCUGCUAUUGUUUAUUUAAUAUGUCUCCAAGAAUAUUUAAUGCCUCCAUAUGGCAAUGUUGGUGUUGCUCUUUGUGCUGGCUUACUUUUUGGUCUUAUCACUAUGCUGAUACAAUAUGUUGGACUUUUUAUGACUGGUUUCCACACAGGCUUGUUACUUGCUGUUGCCGGUCUGGCAAUCUAUGAUCAUUUCCUAGACAGCAGACCAACUACAUACUGGAUGUGUGUAGUGGUGUUAUUGACUUCUGGGAUCUUCUUCGCCGUAAUCAAUUUAUAUUGGAAGAAAGUUCUGACUAUAUUCGGAACCAGCGUGUAUGGAGGCGUUGUUAUUGCCACUUCGCUGGAUUACUUUUUUGAGAGGUUGAUGAUGCUCAAAUGGUUGUGGGACCGUGCCAAGCUAGAGCCUGCGGUGGCGCCUCCGUGCCGCCUCUCAUGGCUGACGCUCGCAGCGUGGCCAGCCGCCGCCAUAGUUGGUCUCACCGCUCAAUGCGCGCUCACAGCUACCGGCAUCUAUCACGAGCAAAGUAUAAGUGCUCAAAAGCGGCGGCUGAAAGCUCAACAGACAAGGCCGGUGACGCGUGAACAACGCGCUGAGAUGAAACAACGCAAAUAUCGGUAUCUGUAUCAGGUCCGCACCGCACACGGAGAUGUCAUAUCGCAGUCGUACGUGCAAGCCCUUCAGAAGAAGGCGCAGUGCGGCAACUGGAGUGGUAGCGGCAGCGGUGGUGGCGGCGAGUGUAGUACCCUACAGUCUGACUCCACCCACCUGACUGUACUGGCGGGCUCCGAACACGCACCGCCCACCGACUCCGACGACGAUCUGCAUCAGAUACGUGCCGCCCACUAG